AUGUUUGGCAUUCUUUUUGGCUGGACAAAAGCUUCAAAAUGCAAAAAGGCUAUAAAAAGAGCAAGAUUCAGACUCAUACAAUUGAAGAACAAGAGGCAAUCAAUAGCAAUGCAAUUGCGCAAAGACUUGGCCGACUUAAUACUCAAUGGCCAUGAAAAAAUUGCUAUCCAAAGAGUUGAGAAGCUCAUUCAAGAUGAAAGCCUAAUUGCUGCAUAUGAAAUGUUGAAUCAUUUCUUUGAUUUUAUCCUUAAACAACUCUCCUAUAUUAGAAAGAACAAGGACUGUCCAACUGAAAUAAAUGAAGCUGUAUCUAGUGUUAUAUUCGCUUCUUCAAGGUGUGGAGAUUUUCCUGAUCUCUACCACAUCAAGAAGCUCUUCGCACAUCGUUAUGGCGACGAUUUUGCCACCGCAGCUAUCGAGCUUUUACCCGGGAAUCUUGUUAACACAAAGUUAAAAGAGAACCUCUCAGUGAAGUCUGUGCCGGAUGACACUAAGCAUAGAGUGGUUGAUGAAAUUUUCAAGGAAUAUGCCACCCAAAUAGAAGGAACUAAAAUGUAUUCUCCAUCAGAAUUUGAUCAAGAGGUAGAAACAGAUGUCACAAGUGUUAGUUUAUCCAUCACCAAACCAAGUGAUGAAUUUUCUGUGCCAGAAUCCACUUCAUAUGACACCUCAACAUUGGUGUCUCCUAAAAUAUUGCUAGAUAGUGUUGAUGACAUUGAUGAAUGUGAGUAUUUUUCAUCAAAAGAUGCUUGCACCCAACAGGAACAAAGGCUAGUUUUGUUUAAUUCUAGCGAAAGUGACACGGAUCAGGAUGGAUCAAGUAUUGAAUCAAGCUUAAGGUCUUACACAGUGCGUAAUUGUGCAUCGUCGAAGAAAAGAUUAAGAAGAUCACCUUUGCUUGAUAAACAAGGUAGAGUUGAAAUUGGAUACACUUUGUAUUAUCAAACACCAAGUCCACAAUCAAGUUAUCCCAAAAAGAGACUAAAGCAGCACUCCUACUCAGAUUCAUGUGAGAGAAAUAGUUUGGACUUUAACAUGAGUGAAUGCAGCUGCGACUUGGAAAGCCCUUGUUAUUGUUUUGUUUACAAUGAAAUAGAAAUGUUUGAGUACACUGGAAACUCUUCUUCUACCAAUGUUUUCCAUCAAAAGACUUGUGAUUGCUUAACAACAACUCCUUAUUCAAGAGACUUGACUUUGACUAUGCCUUCAAAGUGGAUGGAGAAUUACAAAGAGAAUCAGGCAAUGACAUUUUCAUGUCCUUCUCCACGACCAAAACAUGUUCAUCCAAAGCUACCAGAUUAUGAUGACUUUGUUGCUACAUUCAUGGCUCUUAAGAGAGAGUGCAACCUUAGAAGACAGUAA